ACAAUUUCCCUCUCUUCCUCCUACUCCCACCGACCUCGGCCAUCGGACCAGAAUCAGCAUGUCAAACACCCCCAGUCUCAGGUUCAGUAUGGGGUAGAUGCACUCCAACCUUGGCAUUCUGCACGCAGCUUGCAGCUCGGGGGAAUACUCCCAAACUGCUUCCUUUCGACAUGGAGUUUCGGGGUGUUUGAUCCCGAUGCUCGGAUACUUACCCUCCUCGUGGACUCUAGCAUCCUUUCACCUACGAAUAGAGUCGUCGAACGGAGACAGAAGCGCAAACAAGCCCGCCGAUCGACAGGGUUCAAGGGUACAAAGUGCUAUAUCCUCGGGUCUACGGAAGCGGGCGAGCAAGGGGAAGGGGGGACCGUGCGGAGCGCAGGGUGUAUUCUGGGGGAUUUUUCCCACCUGUGAGGGUGGAUAUGACGUGAUGAAAGGAGCUGGAGUUCUGCAGGAUGGAUGUCGAGUGGAUAUUGGCAGGGUGACAGGGUCGAUGUCAAAGGGUGUAGUUCCGUUUCGAUCUGGGAUUAGCGGGGCGGGAAAUGAGAUGCGUUAGUUUGUUAGUUUGGUAGUUUGGGGGGGCGUGACGGAGUGAAAGAGCGGGGUACAGAUUGUGGAUCUUACUUGGGUGGUGCUGGGCGUCAAGCGCGGUGGUUA